AAUCACCCUUUAUUAAACACUGCUACAGUUGCGUGCAAAAUAUUAAUACUCGUUUGAAACUAUUCGUGCUGCUAGUAAAUGUAGCGUGCUGUGAAUGUGUGCUGAAGUUUAUUAGUACAAUAGAUAUAUACAUACAAGUGCGGGUUAAUUAUUAAAAAAAUAUAAAAAGUGAGAAAAUUAUAAAAAAAUAUUAUCUUCUAACAUUUCCACACUUGCUUAGUAGUGUCAAGACAUUUGCGCCGCUGCGCUUCAACGCAUCGCAGUCGCAGCGCACUCGUGUAGGCGUCGUGCAUGCGUGCGUCGCUUUGUGAUUUUCGCGCAUUUUCUCCUUUGUCAAACUGUUGAUUGUUUGUGAUUUGUCACGAUUUUGUACAUUUGCUGCGGCUGUGAUACACAUGGCGGUGUCUUAAAAAAAUCCGUGUGUCACUGCUGUUAUUAUUUUCAAUUUAAACUCGGCCUUUUUGAGAUUUUUGUGCGUUUAUUGGCAUUUCGCUUAUUUCGGUUUGAAUAAAGUGUGAUUUUCAUAACAAUAAAUUUGCAAGUCAGUGAGUAUAUUAAGUAUAUGAGACAAAGUGCUGACAAAAAGGAGUGAGGAUUUAAAAUAUUUUAGGAUUUAAGUGUUCCCUUCAAACGUGAAGCUGCGCGCAGUGACUGCCUGUUUGACCGUUAACAUGUUAUACCACAAAUGCGCCAGCCAAUUAUGUUAAAUGCCAUUUUGAAGUCAGCGCGAAGAUACACCCGCCGCCACUGUUGAAGAGCGCAAAGGCAUUUUCGCCGCACAAGCGGAAAGCGGAAAGCGGCAAAAACGCAAUGCAUACCAAUUAAAAUAUCAUUUAAUGAAAAACCAACAGAGUGCAAGCGUUUCAAGUAAACAAAUGCCAAGCGUACGCAUUGCGAGCUGAGCGCCGACCAUUCAAGUGGCGGAAAAAAGUAAUUCGACUGAUUGCAUUGGUCAGUAAUUAGCAAUGGCGCGCACAUACACAUGCGCACGCAUUAUUAUGUAAUAAGCAUAUAGAAUAAAUGUAUAAAUGUAUAAAACAUGAGGAAUGCGCAUAAAACCAAUUUGUAUGUGGUUGCCAUGAAAUAUUGAAAUGAAAAUAAAAUCAAACGCUCAAGUGCCAGUGCAUGUAGAGUAUGUAUGUAUGUGUGAACAGUGUGUACAAAAACAACACAGCAGUCACGUUCAAAUAAAUAAAAGCAAUUAAAAAAUUAUUAACAAAGUAAUUAAAAAGAGCACAGCUUGCGCGCGCGCGUCACUCUACAUACAUAUGAACAAUUGUGGCGGCCAUUUUGCUAUAAUUUAAUUAAAUACAAAUAAGGUGGCAACGCGAAACUGUUUAUAAAGCGCAGCAGCUGGAGAACGCUUUACAUUGCUGCGCCUACAACAGCAUUUUUGUCAACAAUCCGUCGGUCAGUCAGUCACAGAGACACACAUCACACGCGUGCGCCUGUCCAACUGAUGAAGCGGCAAGCGACCGCAAUGUCAACGCGCCGCCUGGGAUGUGCGCGCCAAAUGACAAGCGCCGCAGCGUUGUUGCUGUUGGGACGCAUGCUCGUAAUUAUCGCGCUCAGCGAGCGGUUGUUAGCGGUGGGCGCGGGCAGCGGCGGUGGCAGUAGCGGCAACGGUGGCGUCGGCGGCAGCAGCGGAAAUAAUGUUGACUCCGAAGAUCCUGAAUUUACGGAUGUCAUUGAUAAUAUAACAGUGCCAGCGGGCCGGAAUGUCAAAUUGGCAUGCUCCGUUAAGAAUUUGGGCUCAUACAAGGUGGCGUGGAUGCAUUUCGAACAAUCGGCCAUAUUGACCGUACACAAUCACGUGAUCACGCGUAAUCCACGCAUUAGUGUCACACAUGACAAGCAUGACAAACAUCGAACAUGGUUCCUGCAUAUCAAUAACAUACAGGAGGAGGACAAGGGUCGCUAUAUGUGCCAAAUCAACACGGUGACGGCGAAGACACAAUACGGAUUUGUCAAAGUUGUCGUACCGCCAAACAUCGACGAUGCACUCACCUCCAGUGACGUCAUUGUGCGCGAAGGUGACAAUGUGACGCUGCGCUGCAAGGCGAAAGGUAGCCCAGAGCCAUCAAUUAGAUGGCGACGAGAUGACGGCAAUAAAAUUGUGAUCAACAAAACGAUGGAAGUACUCGAAGUGGAUGGUGAAGCCUUGGAGCUGGAGCGCAUCUCCCGCCUGCAUAUGGGCGCUUAUUUGUGCAUUGCCACUAAUGGUGUGCCGCCCAGCGUCUCGAAGCGCAUCAAAGUCAGCGUCGAUUUCUCACCCAUGGUUUGGAUACCCCAUCAGCUGGUCGGCAUACCCAUGUACUUCAAUGUGACGCUGGAGUGUUUCAUCGAAGCUAAUCCCACUUCGUUGAAUUACUGGACGCGAGAGAAUGACCAGAUGAUUACUGAGUCCGCUAAGUACAAAACUGAAACACUACCGGGAAACCCCACUUAUAAGGCAACCAUGCGUCUGACCAUAACGAAUGUGCAGAAGAGCGACUAUGGCAGCUACAAAUGUGUGGCGAAAAAUCCACGUGGUGAAAUGGACGGCACCAUAAAGCUUUACAUGUCCAGUCCGCCCACCACGCUGCCACCGCCAACCACAACCACAACACGUCGCACCACAAUAGCGCCAGCCUGGGACAGUUUCAGCACGUCAAUUUAUGGCAUUAUGCCAACCAAUUCGGUGAUUGUCAUCGAUAAAAUGGGCACAAAGUACCAAUCAAAUCUGAAUGAGAUUGGUAAAUCCGAACAAAAGCUAACCGGUGAGAAUCCAAAAGGCUAUGACUGGUCAAAGGAUAAAAGUGCGGCAACAAGAAUGCAAUUGUGGCUGCCACAUGCAUGCGGCUGCAACAGCAACAAUAAGCUAACCUACAUACAACGAAUAUGUUGCAAUUAUGCAAUGCUAAUUGCAUUGGUCGGCAUGCUGCUGAUGACGACGUGCCUGCAGACGGCUAUGAUCAAAGCAACAACAACAACAGCAUCAGCAAUUGUAACAACAACAAAUGGCAGUAAGGCAGCAGCAGUAGCUGCCGCCGACAGUGCAACGAAUAUGAAAGCUGUAAGCGCAAGUGCAACAACAACAGCAAUAGUAUUGAGUGCAGAAGUUGGCAAAACAAUACGAAAGGCGCACACCACAAAUGCGCAUGCACUCACGCACGCACACAAUGAGACGCGUAGCAUAAGCAUAGCAUAUAAGCAGGCGUAAGAACUUAUUUUUCAGAUUGCAUGUGGCGUAAAAUCAAAUUUCAGCAGCAUCACUAGAACAACCAAAUAAACAAACAACUAGCACUAACAGCACCCGCAUUCACUCAUAUACACACACAUUCAUAAGCAUGCAACUAAAUCUGAAUUUUCUCAUAAAUUUCUUUGUUUAUUGGCGUUUUUGAAUGAAGAAACAUUUGAAAAAGAGGAAGUGAAUUACUUUGAAAUGUAAGUUGAAAUCUUAUUUUUUCAUUCAUUUUCAUUAUCAAUUGCAUUUAAUAUUAUUUUAUGAUUUUUAUACGAUUUUUUUCACAAUUUUUAUUUCAUCUUAUUCAUUAUUUUUUUUUAUUUUUGGAAAUCCUCUUUGGUUUUAUUUUCAUUUUUACACCCUUCAUCUUAACCUCUUACCACCCUCUUCAGCCUCCGAUUUGUUUCUUUUCCUUCAUCGCCUCUUUUCAUUUCGCUCCCUUAAACCAUAAACAACAUACAUAACCUAGAAAAA